GAGGGUGUACAGCAGAGUUUCAGAGAGCAAAGACUACAGGGGAGGAAGCUCAACCUGUCGGAAAUACUCUUCUGGGUGUAUUGUUUUAGUGUUGUUCAUGGAGCUCCCCAAGCAGAGGUAAGAAGCUUUUUCUUCUGCCUUCUCUUCUCUGGUGAGGCAUGGGCUUUCUCUGUUUCUCUCUUCUUUUUUUUUUUUCCUCUUUUGUUUCCCCGGAGGCUUUUCUGUGGUACUAGAUACAGAGAAUGCUGGCCAGUGUUUGUCCUGUUGUGCAGCCUGUCUGGGUGGCUAUGUGUGCUGUUAGUGUGUGUGGCUUCAGUGUGCUCAUUGGGAACAGCCUUGUCUGUAUAAACAACUGAUUACUUAUGGCUGGGCAGCAUUUCUGAGGGGCCAACUUGUCAGUUUUUCCCUAAAAUGAAAUUCAGGACUUGUUAAAGUGUUAGGUGCUGUGCUUCACAUCAGGAAGGAGAAGAAAUACCUUUCUGCACUCUCAGAAAUGCUGUUUACUACAUACUGCAUUGGAAUGGGAGAAAUACUUAAAUAUGCUUUGUGAGGCAUGGGUGAGUCUUGGGGUGUUUGUGUGGCAGUUGCUGGGUAGGGCUGUGCUGCAUGCAUCUGUUUCCUCUUAUCAUGUAGAUGGUUCACUGUUAUCUGUUCCCUUCAUUUAGGUUGAUUUGUUUUCAUCUGGAGCUUCAGAGGUUUAUUAGUGCUUCGCAGAACCAGUCCUGAGCCUUUGGGCAGGUUGCUCUUUCUCAGCAUUGUUUUAUUACUGCCGAGCAGUAAGAGUCUUUGAAAGAAUUAAUAAAGCGGUGUAUGCUUUAUUAGAUUAAACUAUAGAUCAGCCAAGAGCCGUAUUUGCUUGAGCAGAUCAGUUGACACAGCUAUGUUUGUUUUGGCAGCGAGGAGCUGCUUUUGCAUUAAGCUUUGCACUAAAUAGGCUUACUUGUACGUUCAGUGGUGCAGGCAGUUCUGCUUGUUUUGUUUCUAAGACUCGGCAAAAAUAAUACAGCUUCGGGACUAAAAGAAAAAGCAGGCAAGAAAAGUUACAGUUAUCCAGAAUUUUGAUCCACAAACGUCCCAAAGCUGAUGCUGCCGGGGUAGGAGGUCUUAGAGAAAUGCCGUAAAGAGAGAUGGAGGAAUGGAGGAGCAGGUAGCACUCCUGAGUGAUGCAUAUCCUGAGAGGGCAGGAGCGGUGCCUGUAGGGGUGCUGAGUCAUCUGCCUGCAGCUGACAUGCUGCGAUUGUUGCGGGCUGUGCGUGACUCAGCGCACGUGCUGGGCUGUGCGCUGGGGCUGUGCGCUGGGGCAGACAGGUCUGGCCCAGCAGUGUGUUUGUGAAGGAUGCUGGUACUUGGUGCUGUGGGGAAGGACUUGGGCAGUGCAAUUUAAAGGGAGUUGAAUUUUAGCUGAAAGCAGAAGGAAGUUUUCCAGCGGGUCAUCAUGUAUGAAACUUGAUGCCGGUAGAUAAUGGUAUGAGGCAUUCUCGAGUUUGAAAACAUCAUGAUCUUGAGGCUUGGAUCUGCAAAGCUUGCUGGUUGUGUGCGAGCAACCCUGCACUGCACAGCUGGACAGGAGCCAUUCUCUUCCUUGAGGUGCGGGCAGUGACAGAGCAGUGCCAUCUCUUCCUGAAGCCUGGGCAGAGCUCGGUGGCAGUGCCCCAGGGGAGAGGGGUCACCGGUCUCAUUGCAGCCUGAUGUUUCCAGUGGUAAAACUCAGAUGGAAGAAAGAGGCUGUUACCUCUGUUUAGAGUAGAAUAGGUGUGUGGUACAGCAUCAAACAGUACUAGCAACUGGAAUAGAUAAAACUAAUUUCCAGGCAGGUGUACUCACUCUUCGGCCUGAGAUCUGGGGCUAAAGAGCAAACAGGAAUCCCUGUAUGAAGUGUUAGUAGAGAGUAGUGCCUUCUGUCUGACAAUGUGAGUGUGUUUUCUCAUCUUUUUUUCUGGCAUGUCUUUAUUUUCCUCAGUCAUGCUUAAAGAAGUGUGUGUGUGUGUGUGUGCAUAUUGGGAGUUAAAGUGUGAAAGAGAACGGAGGGAAUGAGUUAAAAAGUCAGAAUGCUAUGGGAAGAGGCUUUUUUUUAAUAUGAGUUUGUCUUCCUAAGUGGUUGCAGUCUAGGCUUCGCACAUGAGGUUUCAUGCUUCUGGCAUAGUUCUGGAGAGGUGUAUGAAACUGUCUCAUUGUUUUAUUGUUUUAUUUAUUGUGUUUUCUCAUGUGUUAGUUCUCUCUAACUUGAGAGUACUUUGUUUCCCAUUGUUUUCAUGGUAGUAGCAAGUUGCAAAGCUUGCAAGGAUACAUCUCUUACCCAGCCUCCUUUCUUACUGACACACCAUCCGCCUGUGGUGUUUCUGGGUGGGAUUUAUGUUGUAUUUCAGUGCGUGACUCUGCUUGGUGCUGAGGGUGAGGACCCAGCAGUGAGACCGAAGCUGUGUACGUGGGCAGCUGUGGAAGUCUUAGUUCAGGGCCAGCCUGCAUACACACAGCUCAGAGCUGUCCCUUGCAGUGUCAUUCCCACCGUAUGUGGCAGUGAAGAAGUUCAGCUCUGUGCUGAGCAGCCGGGGAGAUUUAUUAGCAGAGCAGGGCUUGUUGCUCAGACAGCUAUUCCUUUCCUCUGUGGGGAAAGGUUGGCUGGCUCAAGCCAGUUAACCAUCUGUUUCAGCAGUUAGACCAUGCAAGAGUAGGUGGUUUCCUGAGGUUUCUCCCAGCCAUACUUUCUAUUGUCAGUGCUACCAGUGGCCUUCCUCUAGCAUUUAGGCACCAGUCUGAGGCUGCAGGUGCUUGCAGCAAGGGGCUGGAGGGAAGGAAGCCUGUCACAGGGAGAGCUGUCACCUGGUGCCCCCUGAGUCACUGCAUUUCCACUGCUGGGGCUGUAUGUGUGUAAAGGCCCUUCUAGCCUGGCUGGCCAGUGCGUGUAACAACUGUUCUGUGUGCUGUGCUUGGCUGUGAGCUUUGCCUCCUUUGUUAUCCAGCCCUUCCAAAGCUGCCAUGAUAAGAGGUCAGCAGUCCUACCAUUACCUCCCUUCCCAGACUGGAAAGCAAAAACUUUCCCUAUUGUUAAGACUGUAAAUAAGUGAUCUAUUUUGUUAUGCUGGUUUCCUUGAGUGGCCAGAGGCAUGGCUAUGAACAGCACGUCUGUUUAUUUCUUCAAUUAGUUAACUCUUGUGUUAAAGUGUGUCAACUCAUUUUUUCCAGUUGAGAAACUGGGAUAGCAAAGCCUGCCUGUCCACAUCUACUUUUAUGCAUUGGCAAUGUAGUUUCCUGUUAGCAUCUGGUUUUAGAUUUUCUUAGUUAGUAAAAAAUUGCUCUUUUUGUUAAUGCUUGGAUUAACGUAGUGGUUAAUAAUCAGUGUUUCACAUAGGCCAUUCAAAUCAUUUCUGAAUUGGAGAGGAGCCUGGGAAGUUGUUGGUGGAUCUUUUAAUACCAGUGUGGUGGAAAGGAAGCGAUGUGAUUCAGCUGUUAAGCUGUGAGCACCGAGUGGUAUUUCGCAGCACGGCAGUACGAGCUCUAGAUUUAUGAAGCUGUGUGCUGCUCUUUGCAGAAAGGUCUUGUGACAUUUCAAGGUUAUGUUUCACACUAUGUGCUGACUGUCUGUUCUUACAGAAGAUAUUUAAAAGCAAACAGACUUUUUUUGCAAAGAUUUUGAUUCCAGUGGAAUCUGCUUUAGAUUUUUGUCUUGUCAAUUAACUCCUGAAACAAUGCCUGUACAAGCUCCACAGUGGACGGAUUUUCUCUCCUGUCCAAUUUGCACACAGACUUUUGACGAAACGAUCCGGAAGCCCAUCAGCUUGGGUUGUGGCCACACUGUCUGCAAGAUGUGCCUCAACAAGCUCCACCGUAAGGCGUGCCCUUUUGACCAGACCACUAUCAACACAGAUAUUGAACUUCUUCCUGUGAACUCAGCCUUGCUGCAGCUAGUGGGUGCUCAGGUUCCUGAGCAGCAGCCAAUUACUAUAUGUAGUGGAGCUGAAGAUACCAAGCAUUACGAGGAGAGCAAAAAAUGUGUGGAAGAAUUAGCAUUGUACCUCAAACCACUCAGCAGCGCAAGAGGUGUGGGUCUGAACAGUACUACUCAGAGUGUCCUGAGUCGUCCUAUGCAAAGGAAGCUUGUGACACUGGUUCACUGCCAGCUAGUGGAGGAAGAAGGACGGAUCAGAGCUAUGCGUGCAGCACGGUCACUUGGUGAAAGAACAGUCACAGAGCUCAUUCUUCAGCAUCAAAAUCCUCAGCAGCUCUCUUCCAACCUCUGGGCUGCAGUGAGAGCCAGAGGGUGCCAGUUCCUUGGACCAGCUAUGCAAGAAGAGGCUUUAAAGCUGGUUCUGCUGGCUCUGGAAGAUGGAUCUGCCUUGUCACGAAAGGUCUUGGUUCUCUUUGUGGUUCAGAGGCUGGAGCCACGAUUUCCUCAGGCUUCUAAAACUAGCAUUGGGCAUGUUGUCCAGCUUCUUUACAGAGCCUCGUGCUUCAAGGUGACGAAGCGCGAUGAAGAUUCCUCCCUGAUGCAACUGAAGGAGGAAUUUCGUACUUAUGAAGCUCUGAGAAGGGAACAUGAUUCCCAGAUUGUUCAAAUUGCUAUGGAAGCAGGUUUACGCAUUGCACCAGAUCAGUGGUCCUCGCUGUUGUAUGGAGACCAGUCUCACAAAUCCCACAUGCAGUCUAUCAUUGACAAGUUGCAGACCCCAGCCUCAUUUGCACAGAGUGUUCAGGAGUUAACUAUUGCUCUUCAGAGGACUGGAGAUCCAGCUAACCUGAAUCGUCUUCGACCUCACCUUGAGCUCCUGGCAAAUAUUGAUCCCAGCCCAGAUGCUCCACCUCCAACGUGGGAACAACUGGAAAAUGGGCUAGUUGCAGUAAGGACUGUGGUUCAUGGCUUAGUUGAUUAUAUCCAGAAUCACAGCAAGAAAGGAACGGAUCAGCAACAGCCUCCUCAGCACAGCAAAUACAAGACGUACAUGUGCCGAGACAUGAAGCAGAGAGGAGGAUGCCCCCGAGGGGCCAGCUGCACCUUUGCACAUUCACAGGAGGAGCUAGAGAAAUUUCGUAAAAUGAACAAGCGUCUGGUUCCAAGAAGACCUCUGAGUGCCUCCCUGGGCCAGCUGAAUGAGGUGGGCCUGCCUUCAGGAGCUAUCCUCUCGGAUGAAGGGGGAGUGGACUUGCCCAAUAGGAAAACCUCUGCUCUGCCAAACGGAAUUGUGUCAACAGGCAGCACAGUGACGCAACUCAUUCCUCGAGGGACUGAGUCCGGUUAUGAAACUGCUCUGAAGCCAGGGAAGAUGGACCAUCUGAGUAGCAGUGCCCCUGGAUCCCCUCCUGACUUGCUGGAAUCUGUCCCCAAGAGCUCUAUUUCUGCCUUACCAGUGAACGCUCAUCCUGUGCCUGCUCGGGCACCAACAGAUCUGCCUUCAGUGUCUGUCACAAAACAGUUGCAAAUGGUACCUCGUGGAUCUCAGUUGUAUAACACUCAGCAGGCAGAUAUCUUUUAUCAAGAUCAUAGAGGAGCUGCCCCACCGUUUGAGCCAGCACCCUACCAGCAAGGAGUUUACUAUCCUCAAACCAUGUCUCGCUUUGUGCGACCUCCUCCAUCAGCUCCAGAGCCUGGUCCUCCUUAUUUAGACCAUUACUCACCCUACCUGCAGGAUCGUGUGGUGAGCCCCCAGUACACACAGCCACAGCAGUAUCCUCCGAUGGGACAACCCAUAUAUCCACCGCACUACGACAACCGUCGUGUGUACCCCCCUGUCCAGCCAUAUCAGCGAGAGGAGAUUGUCCGAGGAAGCCCUGUACCCAUUGAAAUUCCACAAGCAACUGUACCCUCCUACGUACCUGAGUCCAGGGACAGAUACCCACAAACAGAGGGUUAUUGCCCAGUGGCUCCACAUCUCAGUCAGAUCAGACCUUCGUGCCACCGGCCUCAUCCUAGCCUGGAUGAACUUCACCGACGAAGGAAAGAGAUCAUGGCACAGUUAGAGGAGAGGAAGGUUAUUUCCCCACCUCCUUUUGCACCUUCUCCAACCUUGCCUCAUCCUUUUCAUUCAGAAGAGAUCUUUGUUUUUGUACAGUACUUAGAUGAAGACCUGAAGGUAGCUGGGAAAUACAAAGGAAAUGACUACAGCCAGUACUCUCCCUGGUCCUGUGACACCAUCGGCUCCUACAUUGGAACCAAAGAUGCAAAACCCAAAGAUGUUGUGGCAGCAAGGAGUGUGGAGAUGGCGAACGUGGAUAGUAAAGCCAUGCGUGACCAACGAUUAGACAUGCAGAGAAGAGCAGCAGAGGCUGGUGAUGAUGACCUCAUUCCAUUUGGAGACCGACCAACUGUGUCAAGAUUUGGGGCUAUCUCUCGUACUUCCAAAGCGAUGUACCAGAAUUCUGGUCCCAUUCAGGCCAUGGCAGUUCAGGGAGCUUCCACCAAAUCAAUCAUUUCAGACUACAGUCCUUAUGGAACUCAUGGUGGCUGGGGGGGCUCUCCAUAUUCUCCCCAUCAGAAUAUACCUUCUCAGGGACGUUUCAAUGACAGGGAGAGACUGUCCAUGUCAGAUGUGGCUGGUCAUGGAAAACAGUUGCCGUCAGCUGAGCGGGAGCAACAGCUGCGCAUGGAGCUGCAGCAAGUGGACCAUCAGAUUAGCCAGCAGACACAAAUGAGAGGACUAGAGGCUGUUAGUAACAGGCUGCUGUUGCAGAGGGAGGCGACUACCCUGGCAGGCCAACCACAGCCCCCACCCCCACCUCCCAAGUGGCCUGGGAUGAUCUCAAGUGAACAGCUGAGCUUGGAGCUACACCAGGUGGAAAGGGAAAUUGGGAAGAGAACCCGGGAGCUGAGCAUGGAAAGCCAGUCUUCACUGGAUAUAAAAAACAAACUGGGCACCACUAAACAGACAGAAAAUGGACAAUUAGAACCACAAAGCAAGGUUCCAGCUGAGGACCUCGCACUGGCAUUCAGCAGCGAUGUUCCAAAUGGAUCGGCCUUGACACAAGAAAACAUCAGCCUCCUGUCAAACAAGGCAGCAUCUCUCAGCCUGUCGGAGGACCCGGAGGGAGGAGGAGACAGCCAAGAUUCCCAGAGGAUGGGUGUUACACCCACAUCUGCUCCAUGAAGUGAGGCCAACGUACCCCAGAAUUCCUUUUGCUGGGGUGUUGGUAGCUUCCAUCACGUUUUAUUCCAGGAGUGAUUGGAGAAACCCAAGAGCAACAGCUGUAGCAGAGCAGCAGGUCCAGAGGCAAUGUGCACAAACACAAAUACUAGAAACAAAUCCUGCACAUAGUUCACAUUAACGCAUUUUUUAAUUAAAAAAAAAAAUGAAAAUUAGCAGUAUCUGCAAGCGAUUCAAAUUAAAUUUGUUUUUGUUCUGUGAAUGAACUUUAUUUUAAUAACUUUGGACGCCUUGGGUCCCAGGGCUUAAAAAAAGAAAAGAUAUUAUAUAUAUACUCUGUUUGAUUAAUUGUAUGAUCUUAAUGAAGUAGGUUUUUUCUUUUUUUUUUUUUUUUUUGGUAUUAUUACAUACCCAGUGCAUAAUUCCUUAUCACUUUAAUUUCUUGGCAAAUAAAGCAACCUGGCCACUUCCUUUGUAUGAUCUAAAGGUAAAUGAGGAAGGAGAGCUGUAGAGUAGCUCUGAAUUGCAGUGUCAGAAGAUGUGCAGCAAAUUUAAUUCGUAGAACAAUUUCUCCCCUUGUCUGUAGGAACUGAGCCCAGCUUGUGCGAGACCUAUUCUCCUGUAAGUUUAAACGUGACAAAAUCUUUUUCAAUACAACAGGUGCAGUCCAAAGUGUAAGCUCCUGCACAGCAUGUGUGAUUAAAACAAGAACAAAUGAUAUGUCAGACAUUUAUUAUUUUUAUUUGAAGAUUGCUGUCCUUCUUAUUGUUUUGGGUUUUUUUUUUGGUGGAGUUCAGCGGAAUGCAAACAGAUAUACCACAGCAUGGGUACUUCUGGAGCUGUUUAGCUGAGGCUCAGGGUAGGGAGGCUGAACUAACCAGUGAAGGUCAUGCAGCGUUAGUGAGGCAAGGUCUCUAGAAAUAGCAAGCAGGGAGAAUAUAAGGCUGUGCAGUUGCUGAAAGGAUGUUAACUGCAGAUGAACUGCUGAACUGUAUUUGGUCACGCAGUGUUAUUUUUUUUUUUUUGAUUGGUUGUUUUUUCCCACUUUUAAAAUAAGCUUGCCCAGAGUGCAUACAGUGAGGUUAACGCAGAGGGAUUCACUGACCACUCUGCUUUCUUAAACAGGUCUUUUGUGUGCACCUCCCUCUCGGCAUUUCUUGCCUUUGUUAUUUCUUCAUUGUUAUUUUAUUACUAAACAUAUAAUAAUGAUCUUUUUUUUUCUGCUGGUGGCACAUCAGAUGUUUAAUUGUGAUGCUGUUUUGAGUGCCUUUCACUGACAGAGAUGUCAUCUUUGAUUUGUGCACAUCAGCAAUGUUGGCCUCUCAAAAACAGAGGAGAAUUGUUUUUUCUCUUUGAAAGUUCCCAUUGUUCAGGGUCUGUGUGUCACAGACCUCAGAAUCAAUUUGCAGUUUGUCUGUCACUGCUGCACUGAAUCCUUCCCAGAUGCUUAUUUCAUAGGAGAAAAGCUGCAUCAAAAAUUCCACUUCAGGUGCAGCGUUGAUCCUAUCAGUUAUAGUGAAAAGUAAAUUUGGUUUGAGAGGCCUAGUGUGCUACUUCUUCUAGAGUAGAUGCUUUGUAAGCAUGAGCUGGAGGAACCAUAAGCCUUUCUGGAUGUUUUCUUUCAAGAAACAAGGGACUUGUUCUUGCUGCACAUUUUUUGACUUUACUGGCAUGCGCUGGGGUGAGACCCUGUAUAUGAAGAACUUUAUGGAGAUUGAUUUUUGAAGUGCUACUCCCUCUGCACCUUCUUGGCCUGUUCUCGUUUUUUUUCUUUCUGGGUUAGACUACUAAAUCAGAAAGCACUGGUUAUGUAAUAAAUUACUGCAUUGCUUUGGUUGGGUAAAGCAAGAGUUAAUAAUUUUCUUGUUUGUUUGUUUGUUUUUUUUCCUUAACCUUAACUCCUGCUGAGGUCAUAGCAACCUUGGGCUAAGCUUUGCAUUCAUCAUACUGUUAAAUAAAACAAAAUAUGGGGGGUGGGAGGGGAUACAGUCCCACUGUUGCCUACCAGUAGGAGAGUCCAAACAGAAGACUCUUUUGAGUAGCAAUUAUUUAAUUUGCCCAGUCAAGGCACCGCGUUUGUAUACUAUUUCACAUUGAAUUUGAUUAUGCCCUACAGACCUGGCUGGUCAAGGAUUUGAUACACAUAUUGGCUUGGGAUUCGAGCUUUCUUUUUUAUUUAAAUAAAAAUUUAUAUAUAAAUAUAUAUAUACAUAUAUACAUAGUUAUAUCUGUAUAUAUAUUGGGUAUGUUUUAAGAAUUUUUUCGCAUGAGCGCAGCUGUUUUGAUCAGAUAUCUGGGAGGUAGAAGCACUGAGUGAAAAUAAAGACAUUUUUCAGCACACACCCAUGUUCUCCAUAUCUUCACGCAUAUUUACUUUGCUCUUAGUUGAGCUUCAGCCUCUUAACUGCUAAGAGUAGUUUUAAAGCAUGCUUUUAUUUUUUCUUCGACCCCUCUUAACUUUUCGCAAAGAACCAUCUUGGCGCUAGAACUUUGCCAGCCCCCAUCCAUCCACAUCUCCUACUUGAAGCCUAGCAGCACAGCCGUUCCCUUGGCGCAGAGCAGAGCUAGGCUGAUGCAGUUUAGAGCCUGGCAGGUCUGUUCCUCCCUUCUCUGCUCUGAGUAUGGUGAGGAGCUACACGUUCCACGGCGCUGUGUCCUCCCAUUCCUGAGCACAGAGCUCCACCGUCAGGUCAGCCUGCUCUUCCUUGGUUUUAGUGUACUUCCUGCUGUGUCUUUAUCAACACAGGGAGCUCAUUUUUGUUGAGAUAAUUAGUGCAAUAUUCUCACCUAGGACAACAAGCCCAGAAGGUAUCUAUUGUUAAUUGCAAUAAUUUUUAUGUGAACUCAAUGUUCAGGAACGGUUAUGAUAUGUUUGGAACUACAGAUUUCUUUUCAACACUAGUAAGAAAAUCUGGAGGAGCAGAGAACUUUGUUUUACCUUUUAUUACUUGUGCCAGCUAGUUGCCUUUCCGUAUUAGGAAUUACUCCUUUUCUCUUUGCUUUUGCUCCUUGGAGGUAUUCUGUUAGCAGUAAAUCUUUCAGAUUGCCUCUACUGUCCUACAUAUAGCGAAUGCUUCCAAAACAUGGAUUAGAAGGGAGACCUUAUUGUUGUUACUUCUCCUGUGUCCAGCUCUCCGUGCUGUACUUUGUGCGUAGUGUCCUUGCUGUGAUCAAUGUGUCCAGGUGAAUGGCCUCUUUGCCCAGUAUUAUAGUUUGGCUUGUUAGAUAGUUUGUUUAAUAUCUACCAGCAAUAUUGAUUUCUGUUAUUUCCCCCCUCCUCUUGUCCUUUCUUUCUCUGGAAAAACUUAGUUGAUGAAACAGUCAAAUAGCAAUGGAUAGUGCAUGUUUUUAAUUCUUUCUGAAAGCUGCACCUAAAAUUUUGACUUUUUACAAAAAAAAAAAAAAAAAAAACCUGGGAGAGGAGGUAGUUUUACAUACAGUGGAGGCACUGACAGUUACAGUAUGUAACCAGAGAGUGAAAAUUCUUGGAGCGACUCUAUACCCCACCAUGGCCCCCGUUGUACAGGAGUACUGUCUACCUCCAUGAAGCUGGUCUCGUCUGUAAAGCAGUUUAGUCCUCCUACUAAAGCAAGAAGAAACUGUAUUACAAUGGUGUUAAGAGCACCAUUUCAUAGGUCGGUUGGAUAUUCUCCUGCAGUAGACACCUUUGGACAGUUGUUGACACCUGAGUUUCAGCUCCAGCAUGGACACCCCCCCAGAAUGGGAAGCUUCAGGUGGUAGGUUAAGCUUCAGUAUGUCAGUGAUUCAGCCAGUGUUGAAGCGAUGUUGGUUUAUUCUGUGACAUCAUUUUCCUUCUUCUCUUGUAAACAUCACUGCAUCCUCUCCUAUGCCCUAGUUCUCUAUAUAAGAGAAAUCUAUACUUCUUUCUGCCCCUUUUGUGUGUUAUUGUAUCCUGUCCCAUUUUAGAAUAGCACUUUUUUUCUUAAUAUCAGAGCACCUUUAAAAACUUGGAGUACUGUUGUCCCCUUUUUUCCCUCAAUUUCUUUUCUGUCUAGUUUCCUUCGAGCUUUAUUCUCUGCCUCUUGUCCAUACCUUCCUUUCUUUCCUUCUUGGCUUGCCCAUUCACCCUCCCUGAUUGUGUAACAGUGACAGCUUGCUGCCUCAAAACAGAGCAUUCAAAUGAAUUCGCUUAGCCAAUAACUUCUGUGAAGUUGCCUUUUCUAAUGGUGUUAUUACUCAGUGAUGCACAAAUGUGAUAUUGCCCCUACUGGUAGGCAAACGAGGGAUCUGUAUAAACAUGGUAAACUGCUGUUUUUCUUUAAAGGAGAGCCAAAGACUUGUGCUUUACACUUUUUUUUUUCCUGGUGUAGCCAUUUGAUUGUCAAACCUUUGUAGGGUUUUGUGAGUUGACUGUAUUAUCCUAAUAGAAAUUUUAAAAUCUGAACAAUUGUCAAGCCUUAUCCAUGCAUUGUACUGUGGAAAAUCAUUCCAUGUAGUCAUACAAUGUGAGAUGUACUGAGAUGUAUCUGGGGUAUUCUGACAUGUUUUGUCUCUCGUGUGCUCUCCCAGCUGCUCGAGUGGCUCAUUUAGAGAGGGAGAAGAAACAGAAAUUGUAUAUAAUUGAAGAAGCCUUGUCUUAGUUUAAAUUGACUGGAAUACUGAUUUAAAUUAUUUUAAUUUGCAGUAAAAGAUAAAUCUGUGCUACAAAUGCGACUAUUGAAUGCCCUUUGAAACUGAAAAGAUAUGUCAAACUAGCAUUAAAUUAGAUGAGUAAGAAGCAAACUCAUACGACUACAUCGUCUCAUGACAGCAAGAAUGAGGCAAAAUCCUUUUAGAAAGGACUAGGAAGGAGGCUUUUCACUGACAGUAGUAGAAUUUCACUUGCAUUUCCCUUCCUUGAUCUAACUUAAAUUCUUGCAGACUGUUACUCAAGUUUUUGGGUUCAGAGAGAAAUCUGUAAGGAGUGUAACUCCUCGCUGCCAUUUCCACUUCUAAUCUGAACUAUAAGGAAGUAGACUACAGGAUAGUUUCCUGAGUAUAAACUAGCAGUAUAAACUAGCUAUUUCACACCUACUUGUAUGCUCCAACAAAUUCAGAGCUAAUAGUCAGCAGGCUCAGCAGCAGGAGUGCUGACUCAUCUUCCCUAUUCUAAAGUGGGAAACAAAGAAAACCUAUAUCAGCAGUGUGCAAGUUUGUGUAUGUCCAUGUGCCUAUGAAGUAUUUGUAGUCUUAGAAUAGCUGGAAGGAACACAGAGCAAGGCUGGCUGUUUUUAUGAUUUCAGUGUCAUAUUCAGAUUUGGUCAUUGUUCAUUUUUACAAAACAUCGGUUCCUACUUUGAGCUAAAAAAAAAAAAAAAUCAAGUUUGUCAGCAGCUCAACCUUCUGUAUGACAACAGAUCAAUUUCCCUGGAUGAAAAAAGGAAGCAAAGUUCUUGAGUUGUCUAAAAGGGAGUUUAGAUGUGUGAAUUGGAAAGACCAUCUGCCUGGCUUGCAUAAAGUCUGAAUUUGAGAAGAGUGAGAUCUGACCUUGGUGCUAGAAGUUGGAUGGCGGCUGCUUGUGGUACCUGAGCACGCAGUCUGUGUAGCACAGAUUGAUCUGUUUCUCAGAUCAAACAUAGCUUGGAAUGUCAAACACUUCAUUGGGGAUUCUGUUUUCCACACUCACCUGUUAUCAAGCGCAUUAAUUCCUACUGAAAGGUGGAAAAAAGAGGCUAAAGAGUAGAUCCGCUCAGUUAAGUAAGCAAGCAAUUUUGGGGAAUGUUAUCCCAGCCAAGUCCCCUUACCUAGUUAAUGAAUGGUCUUUAUUCUUGUGUAGGAAGAAGAAAGUAACAGUUCAUUGUUAUCACAGUCUGCAAGGCACUUCUUGUGAUGCAGGUAGGGCCUUGAUUAGAAGGGAGAGGAGAACAGACUUAGUACUGAUUUUUAUGUUUUUUUAAUGGCAAGAAUAACACCAUGUGGUGGAAACUCUGAACGCUGUUAUAAGUUAAGAGGGUGCAGUUUUUUCUGAAAAUUCCUAAUAAAAAGAGCAUAUGGGAAUUUGGAUUUUUCUGCAUCCUCUUCUUUCUGCAUCAGAAGCAUCCCAGUCAUUAGAAGCUUGAAAUCUGUGACCGUAGUAAUCAAAAUUGGAUGUCUUGUAGCUUAGUAACAUAAAUAAUUAACCAUUUUUCCCAGUCAAUCUGUGUAAUUUCAGUGAGUUUUGGUGUAUGACCUCAGUGCAGAUUGCAGUGCAGUUCAGCAUGCUGGGCAGUUUAGGUGCCUAGCUGCAUCCAGCACACCGUUUGAAUGUUUUCCUACUCCAGGAAACAACAGGGUUGUAGGAAAACACAACAUCGGCUUCAGGUUAAGGAAACACAACCUCGAGAAAAACAGGAGUAACGGGUGGUGCAGUGUCUCUGACAAAAACACAACGCAUUACACAUAAUGGGUUUACGUAUGAAAUGUGAAUGGGAGAAAAUACAUGUGUAAGGAAAAAAAAAAAACAAACCUUGUGGAGUAUUUGGUGUUUAAGAAAUUAUUUGCUUCUUUGUAACGUUAAAUGGAUUUAUCGAUAGUUCUGUGGCAGACAGUACUCACAAGUCUUUGGCAUCCAAACCAGAUUGUGUACUGGAUGAAUCCCACAACUGGACGUGUGCACUGACCUCUUUAUUUCCAGCUUUUUAAAAUAAAACUUGGUGGCAGCACUUUAUAAAUGUAUAAAGCAACGGAGAGUGGAAACCCUGUUUGCAUCACAGCUGCUACACAGUUUACAAUUGGCCCCUUCUAUCUGCAGCCCCUUCUGCGGGAAGCUGCUGUAACAUGGGCAAAUCUAGCACACCAAGUGGCUUGGUUUUUCUAAUUUUAAGGAGUUCCCGUUACCCCUUUGGCCUUUGCUUGCUGUGUAAGCAGCCUCUGUGCUAAGAGGAGCUUUCCUUGAAGUCAGCUUAGCAACUGUGCUGUAACUUGAUUAUUUUCCCCAUUUUCUAUACCCAGUAGCAUAGUGUCAGGAGCUCCUUCCCUAUUGUAUUUGUUGCUAUGGGGAGGAAGAGGUGAGGCAAAGCAUGCAUGAGAAGAGGGAAGAAGAGUUGCGGGAUGGUCAGUGCAACAGCUCCCACUCCCUAUUGGAAAUAUCUGCUUCCAGUUGUGGGAUUUCUCUAUAGAUGACUUUUUUUUCUCUUGUUUUUAUAAGCCUAGGUUUUUUUGUUUUUUUUUUUUUUGAUCUUGUUAGUUCUGUACCAGUCUCCCCGAGACAUACUGCAGUCAUUAUCACCUUUUUGGGUGGAGUUUAUUUUUUGGUUUGUUUGGUUUUUUAAAUAACUUUUUAACAUUGGUGCAUAUAUGCUUGGGAUAGAGCUCAUGUAAUUUUCCAAUCGUAUUGAUUGUAUGUGAUUGUGCCCUGCAGAGGUAUAUUUAACAAAAAAUAAAAAGGAUAGUCUAGGUAAUAAAGGAGACCAUGAGAUUUGUUGAGUCAGGUUAUGAACUAUUUCUUGAAUUUAUUUAGGAUUUUGGAUAAGUGAAAUUCCUUGUCUGCUGUUCUCAUAAGUCAGUGCUAAACAAAGCGUCGUUAUUCCCAUUUGUUGAGCUGGUUCUUUUCUUGCUUUUCUUCUCCCCCUGUUUUUCUUCCUUUCCUGCUUUGCUUCCCCGUUGAAAAAUAAUUCUUAAGCCUUAUGUGGAUGGCUGACUGUUGGAGUGAUUUUGUGGAUAUGUAUUGUGUGUAACUAUCGGAACGCUUUCAAUAGGAGUAGAGAUGAAGUAGAGCGUAUGAGAAGAAUUCCAUAAAAUGAAUUCUUUGCAAGUUCAGGGGAAGCUGGAAGCCUUGUACACACACUGAGCCUGCAAGGCACUGUGAUACCUCUCCUUGAAACGUUAGAUGCUUUCCUGCCUUUUGGGAAAACCCAGAUGACAAAAGGAGUAGAAGAGGUCACUGUAUCUGACUCUGUCUUUACUCCUGCAAUAGACUUCUUAUAGUGGGAAGAACAGCCUGCCAGGUAUUGUGCUGCAGUAGGACGGAGCGGGCUGGAGGAAGCAAAAGGCAAGGAAGGUCCAGAGGUCUGAAAGUCAGUAUUUGUCUCCCUGUUUCUUCCUUAAACUACAGAGCCAACGGUGUCACUUGUAUUAAAGAGCAAGGAAGCGGAGACUUACUGUGUGUGCAUGAUGGUGACAUAGAAAAAGCCAUAUGUUGAAAUGCUGUUUCCUUUCCUCUCUUCACUUUGCUUUUCUCCCUGUUCAAGCUGGCUCGGCCUCACCUUGCUUCCACACAGUGUCUGAGAGUCUUUUGAGUUGCAGAUCCAACAAACACUUGAACCGGUGGAAAGGUGGUGAUUCACUACUUGGUCUGUAAAUAGAUGGAAGUGUCUACAAGGUCUUAUCUGCUUUUCUGUCAGCAUUUAUAUUAAAUGAUAAAUUAAUGGAGAACACUGAAA